CACGCAGCGAGCCGCAGGGGUUCCGCUUUCCCGUCCGCGCCGCGCCGCGCCGCGCCUUCUCUCGGCGAGUCAUGGCGGUCCAGUCGCCCUACUACAAACCGUCCCUCCCGUUUACUGGUCCAAUUUAUGGUGGCCUCAGAGAUGGGCAGAUGGUAGUGAUUUCUGGAAGUAUCCUGCCUUCUUGUAAAAGGUUCCAGGUGAACUUCCAGUGUGGAAUGUCCCAGGCGCCCCGAUCGGACAUCGCUUUCCAUUUCAAUCCUCGGUUUGACGAUGGGAACUGCGUGGUGGCGAAUUCCUUUGAAAGGGGCAGUUGGCAGCACGAGGAGAGGAAAAACGAAAUGCCGUUCCGCAAGGGGCAGGCUUUCGAAAUCCGGUUUCUUGUGACUAACAGCUCUUUCAUGGUUGCUGUGGACGGCAAGCGCUUUCUGGAAUUUAGGCAUAGGAUCUCCCUCUUCAGAGUGGACACGAUUGGUGUCUCGGGAGGCCUGGAUGUCGCUUCCAUUAGCUUCCAAAGCCCCAUGGUUGCAACAGUCUGGCCUGCUGCAAGUGUACCCAUGGUUCACUCUCCUUUUCCACCUGGGCCAGCCUACCUGCCUGUGCCUUACCGGGUUUCCAUCAUGGGAGGAAUUUUCCCAUCUAAGUCUAUUAUUGUAGAGGGGACUCCACAUACUGGCGCCACCAGGUUCCAUAUCAACCUGAAAGCAGGUUGCAACACUGUUUUCCAUCUAAACCCACGAUUCAAUGAAAACGUGAUUGUUCGGAACGCCAAGUUUAACAACAGCUGGGGCUCUGAGGAGCGUUUCCUCCCUUCUGGGAUGCCUUUGUCUCGUGGUCAGCCCUUCAGCAUUUGGAUUCUGUGUGAAAUGCAGCGCUUCAGGGUGGCAGUGAACAGACAAUAUCAGUUUGAUUAUAACCACCGUGUACCGAAUCUGCAACAAAUCGAUCAGCUUGAAGUGGAAGGAGACGUAACACUGAGCAAAGUCCAAGUUUAGAGCAGCACACCUUGCUUGAAUCAGUUUUGCACAGAGUACAGAUUACCUACUUUGGUCUACGCUUGUCUGCAUGGAGGAUGCUUUCUGACUUGUUCUUCCCAAGUCUGUAUGAUCUGGCCUGGUGGAGAUGAAGUUUGUGCAGCUGGUUUCUUGCAGCAAAGGCAGUUGCCCCACUGUGAAUAUUUCCGUCUCGGGAUUCCUUAAAUGUGCCUUAUCCUUGUCCCAGCAAAGCACCUUGGCAGCAGCCUGCCCUGUUUGCAGUGCAAAGAGUUUGGCCGUGCAUUUUCAGGAAGCACAGCUUGCAGCCAGACGCUAGCAGUACACAGACAGCUUCUUUCUGGGACUCCCGCCAUGCCGUCAUGACCCUUCCCAGCUCGUCCAGUUUCUCUCCCAGUGGGCAAGCCAGCCAGCCUUCACAACCAAGAACACUCUGUCCUCAUUGGACUGUUGUGUGUAAUCUGGAAAAGUUUCCCUCCCGGAAAAGCAAAGAUUAUGCAAUUUGGACUACCUCAGCAGUAAGUCGGAAUGUUGAAAACAGAGGGGCAGAUAUUAAAGUUUUGUUAUUAGCCUGACGCAAACCAAGGAGUUUCUCACUUCUGCUUGCUGCAAGCAUCUGCUGAGGGUCCCCUUUCUGAUAUAGAAGGGUCUUCAAAAAGUUUCUGCACUUUAAUAUUUUAUAAAUAUACUCUUGCCAGUGUGGUGUAAUGGUUAAGAACGUGGGACUGGAACUCAGACGAUCUGGGUUCGAGUCCCCGCUCAGCCAUGG